GCUCCGCACUUGCAUCAAUUUUGCUUUUCACUUCCAACUCCCAGUUUUUCCAAGCUUCUUCCGCGAGUGCUCACACUCUGGCUUCGCGGUAGCACCAGAAAUCCAAAUGUUACACCAUUAAGAGCAUAUGUCAUUUACCUUGAGUAGUGCGAUCGAGUCUGGUGCACUCACUCUCGCCGACGUGGUCUUUGGAUACCGCGGAGGGUUUAUUACCAAGAUGACGUCCUCGACAUCAACUGCUACACCAAGGAAGCAUGCCUUCGAGGCACGAGUGGCUGACGUGAAGUCACCUAAGAGCGACAUCAAUGCCCUCAUCCUUGAUUAUCUUACCAUGGAAGGCUAUCCCAAGGCUGCCGCCAAGUUUUCCAAGGAGGCCAACCUUGAGCCACAGCUGGAAAACUCGUCAAUACAGGCCCGCCAGGAGAUCCAGCAUGCUAUCCACACAGGAAGCAUAGAGCAUGCAAUAGAAGCCUUGAACCAUCUUGAUCCCCAGAUUCUAGACCAAAAUCCCAAGUUGCACUUUUCUCUCCUUCGGUUGCAACUCGUUGAGCUCAUCCGCCAGUGCACUGGAGGCGAUAUCACCGCAGCCUUGGACUUUGCGUCGCAGAAUCUCGCUCCGCGGGCUUCCACAAAUCAGAGCUUCCUCGAGGAUCUGGAGAAGACCAUGACUCUCCUGAUCUUUCCCCAUGAUGAGAGCCUUAACCCGGAGCUUGCCGCAUUGCUCAAGGCCGACCUCCGGCGGAAUGUUGCCGAUGAGGUCAAUAAGUCCAUCCUUUCCCGCCAGACGGGGCGCCGUGAGGCUGCUAUCCGGGAUCUAGUGAAGAUGCGGGCCUGGGCGGAGACUUCGGCGCGAAACAAGAGAAUCGCCCUUCCCGACCGGAUAGACCUGGGUCUGAACGGGGAAGACAACGAUGCCUUCGAUGAGGGCAUGCGGGAAAACGAACACGAGUCAAUGAUUACAACAUAGUGUAUUGCUUUGCCUUUGCGCGAUGGACAUGUCUGAGUAAGGGUUAUGGAUUUAAACGAUGAAUGACGGGCUGGGAUAUGGUAACGGCGCUUGGUUGAGUGGGUUUGGCUGGCGUUUUGACGGAUGACCUAUCCGACUUUGAUGGACAUUGUUAUGUAUAAGCAGAGGCGUUGCGCGGACCGGAUUAUAUGGUCUCGUCAUGGGAUAAGGAUAUCUGAAGCACUGGGUGCUUUACCAGGAGCGCUCGACUGGAAACAAAUAAUACAGUAUUCGUUCAAACGGGAUUAAACACCUCACUAACGAGAGAGAGAAAAAGAGAGGGACUGUGUGUGUGUGUUUGUGAGCAAAAUUGUAUUCAGUUUUACGACGGAUAUAUACACAACGGC